AAACUCGGCAGCACGCAACGCAACAGUGGCAGCUAGACGUAUGUUUUCUCCGAGAAGGUGUUUGGAGGUGUUACGCCGCGCUACGCGUUCGCGGCAUUGACGUCCGUCGGUCGUCCGUCGUCCGUCAACGUCGCGUUUCUCUCGUCUUGGAGUCGGAUCCAAACGAGCGGAACGCCGUAGAUAGUCCAAAUAGGCCUCUGUCGUGCCCACGUCUCUCGGCCACCGAGAUCCAUCGCUGACCAUGAGCGUGCGUUGCUGCCUGAUCAGUGCAGGCCGUUUAGCCUCCUCCAAUCAUGUCACCAGUCAUGUACACAAAAUCGUCAGAGUCGUCGUGGCCAGCAGAGCCUUGACGAUCAGUGGCAGCUUGGGCAAGGCCCCAACAGAGCCUACACCACCCUCCAAAGACACCGUCUCGUCGAGCGGAGCCUCGAGCAAUGGUACUGGUGGAGGAAAGAAGAACACGCUCACCUGCCCCAAGUGCGGGGAUCCUUGCACUCAUGUCGAGACAUUUGUCUCAUCCACGAGAUUCGUCAAGUGUGAGAAGUGCCAUCAUUUCUUCGUUGUGCUGUCGGAAAUUGACUCAAAGAGAAGUUUGAAGGAGGCGCUCAGGCCGGAAGAUGGUAAACAGGGGUUCUAUAGAAAGCCACCUCCACCUCCGAAAAAGAUAUUCGAGUACCUGAACAGACACGUUGUGGGUCAGGAAUACGCGAAAAAAGUGCUAAGCGUUGCUGUUUACAAUCAUUACAAGCGGAUUUACAACAAUUUGCCAGUUCAAAACUCACAGGCGCAAACUAACGUUAACCCGGUCAGCACACAAGAGACAAAUCAUCCCUUCACACACAGAGGUUCUAAACCACAUUUACUGCAUAUAUCAGGCAUGGGAAAUCCGUUUCCAGGAGUCGGAUUUCAACAUGCAGUCAAUCCAGGAAGCGAGCAAAAGGCGAACAGUCAAUCAGCUCCUGGAUCAGCUAUAUUGGACAGCAAGCAGCAUCAACUGAAGCUAGAAAAGAGCAAUAUACUGUUGCUCGGCCCUACGGGUUCUGGCAAAACGUUACUCGCGCAAACGAUAGCGCAAUGCCUAGACGUUCCAUUCGCCAUCUGUGAUUGCACCACUCUCACACAAGCCGGCUACGUUGGCGAAGACAUAGAGAGUGUCAUAGCUAAGCUUCUUCAAGACGCUAAUUAUGUAGUGGAUCGUGCUCAAAUGGGUAUCGUCUUCUUAGACGAGGUUGACAAGAUAGGUGCUAUCCCUGGUAUUCAUCAGUUGCGUGAUGUGGGUGGAGAAGGUGUGCAACAAGGAAUGCUAAAGAUGUUGGAAGGAACGAUUGUAAAUGUACCAGAACGAAAUAGUUCGAGAAAGUUACGCGGGGAAAUGUUGCAAGUGGAUACUACGAAUAUUCUUUUCGUUGCGUCAGGUGCUUAUAACGGUCUAGACAGGUUGAUAGCGCGACGCAAAUCGGAAAAAUAUCUCGGAUUUGGCGCGACGCCUGCGGCUGAAAGCCCUGGCAGAAGAGCAGCGACUUUGGCAGACAUCGCCAAUAUGUCACCUUCCACUGAGAAGGACAAUAAGGAGAAGGACAUGCUGUUGCAACAGGUGGAAGCGAGAGAUCUGAUCGACUUCGGAAUGAUACCUGAAUUUGUAGGCAGAUUCCCUGUACUCGUGCCUUUCCACACCCUUGACAGAGAUAUGCUAGCGAGAAUUCUCACUGAACCAAAAAAUGCAAUUGUUCCUCAGUACCAGAUGUUGUUCUCGAUGGACAAGGUGGAGCUAACAUUUGACGUAGAUGCAUUGAAUGCAAUUGCAUCUUUAGCAAUGGAAAGAAAAACGGGAGCGCGAGGUUUACGAGCGAUAAUGGAAUCGCUGCUUUUGGAACCUAUGUUCGAAGUACCAGGGAGCGAUAUUGUGUCCGUUCAUAUUACAGAACAGUGUGUGAAAGGCGCUGAAAAACCACAAUACGUAAAACGUGACGAUAGCAAUGAUGAUGACAUUCAACAGGCGCAGCAUGUACAUAAUUAACAAAUAAUUCAAAAAUGCGACACUUUAGUAUAACUGUUUCCUUAUCGCUGGGAACAAUUUUUAGACGAAAAUUAAAUUAAAACAUUCGCGUAAAUUGCUAUUUUAAUUAUUUUAUAAAGAACAUAAUAUAUUCUGCUAUAUAUAUGAUGUAUAUUAUUUCGUAUAAAAAUAAUGUGAAAACAACGCAUAUAUAAUUUUCAAACUGUCCUGUAUAUUUAGUAGUAGAACAUUUCUCAAACUAGAAUUAUUUUUUGCUAUAGAGAAUUUCUAUUUUGGAUAUCAUGUACAAUAUGGAUAUAUAUUGCUGCUUUAUUGCAUAUAUCAACAUAUGCGGUUAUAUAUUAUAUGUUUAAUGUAUUUCAAAAGGAAUGUAUUUCUAUAUAUUCCUUCUUUCUGUAUACUUUUUUGUUCUCAAAAAUAUUUGAGUCAUUUUAUAACAGAAUAUUGUUACAGAAUAAUAGCAAUGUAGACAUGAAUACCAGUACGUCUUAAAGAUAUUUUAUUUCAUAAUAAGAUUAAUAUUGCAAAUUGUAAGUCACGUUUUGCAUCUUACUUGGAACGUGUAUUAUAAAUGUUUCUUCCAAAAGAAAGUGUCGCAUAUAAAUAUAUAAAUCGUCAGAAUAAUGAGAAUAUACAGACCUAAUUCUUACUUGAAAAUGGAAAAAACAAAUAAAUUUUGUAUUGUUUAAUUCAUUCGUAUUGCAGGAAAAGUCAAAAAAAUCAUAGCACAUAAUAGCAUUCCACAUCCAAUCAAGUUUUGCAUCCUGCUUAUGUUUAUUGACGGUAACAUCGAAAGUAAAACAGCGUUCCAUGGAAGUAUCUAUAUACCAUAGAUACUUCAUAUCUAAUAACAAAUGUCAUAAACAUUUUUAAAGAAAUUUAAAAAAAUGUAUAUAUAGAUACAUGCGCAUUUAAUCAUAUCAGCGUCAUUAAAUCCAAUUUGGCAGUAUAAAUGUUAUGUUUCGCGCGGCGAAACAAAUCUUAUGUAAAUUGAUUAAAUGGACUGGUUUAAGCUACAGAAACGAAAAAGUCCGAUUAAUACGAAAUUGUAAAAAGCCAUAUAAUAAAGAAAAUUUUAAUAUAACCAUUCAUAAUCAAUUUUCGUAUAUUGUCAUGUUAGGAUUGUUUGUAAACAAAUUGCUAUUGUUUAAGAAAAAUUAAGAAAAAAAAAACAUUUUUGUAACAAUUUUAACAAAUACUAAAUUCUUUGAUAGUGGGAGAUGCCAGUUAUAAAUAAAGAUGAAGACAGCGAAGAACAAUAUAAAAAGAUUAUUUUUAUGUCAAAAUACAUUAGAUAGAAGUUUAUGUAAUAUAUUGUAUAUAGUAGUUAGUCCAGAGGGGAAAGUGUGUCUGUUGUGUGCGAAUUAUACAAGCAUCAAUCUGUCUAUAGAUUAUGUAUAUCUUCGCUAAUUAUCUAGUAUAUCGCGCUAAUUUACUUAUUAAAAUAAAAGAAGAAAGAAAAAACCAGGCUGUGC